AUGGGGAACUGUGUGCACCCUGAGAUUGGAGUGGGACAUGAAGAGCGUUUCCCCGCACAAGUGGUGCAUAUAGGUGAACUUGUCAAACCCUCGGCCAUUGAACCAAUCCAGAGCGAAGUGGAUGUGGUGGACGAAGAUGCAGAAACCCUAGCAGGAUCAGAAAUUUUCACUCUUGAACGAUCAUCGAGAUCGCUGUCCUCGGAGUCCUCUUCGCCACUCACUCCUCUGAGCUCAGCUACUGACUUCAGUGGCAAGUGGGUCUGCUCCAGAGUAGAGGGGGACUGGGAGGCCUACCUACGAGAGCGCGGGACCUCGUGGAUGAUGCGCAGACUGGCUGCCAGCAUCGGCUACGGUGUUGGGAAACACACCCAAACCAUCAUGCAGAAUGCCGAUGAGCUGGAAGUCUUUAAUCUCGUGGUGUCGACCGGUCCACCCAAGGAAGAGAGAUGCGUCAUCAAGGCAGAUGGCACAGAACAGGAGAUUUUGGAUCCUGACGGGCUACUCUUCAGACAGAAGACCCGCUGGAUGGAUGGUGUACUUGUCUCGGAGCAAUUCCAAUCCGGAGCGCAUGUGCCCUGCGCGCCUGUGACUCUCAAGCGCUUCAUGCAAGGUCAUGAAAUGUGCACAGAACGGACCACAGCCAAGGGGGUAAUGGUCCGACGCUUCUACAUUCGCGCUUGA